AUGACAUGUGCGCGUUAUCUGUGGACGUUGCGCAACGAUCCCGAGAAAGCAAAGCAAACGCAUCACAUCACCACACCCGCGGGAUGGCUGGCGUAUGUGCUCACGGGUGAGUACUGCCUGGGAGUGGGAGAGGCGUCGGGAGUCUUCCCAAUUGAUCACGCGACUAUGGACUAUGACGAGGAGUUGCUUAAG